AUGAAAGACUUAUUUCGUAGCAGUAGUGAUUCAGAAGGUAGUGACGCCGAAGAUGAUGGAACAGAGACACAGGUAGACCAAAGUGAUGAAAUUUGUUUACAUGAAUUAGAAGAAAAUGAUAUUCUUGCUGAAAAUGAUGACAGUGGAGAAGAUGAAAGUGCAGUAGUGGUAAGCAGGGGUCGGGAUAUUGCAUGGAGUACAAAAGAACCAUCAUUUCGUAGAUUUCCAAUCCGCAACAUAAAACGAUUUUCAGCAGGUAUUCCUAGUACAGUUAGUGUUAGCUCAGCUGUUGACUGUUUCAGGCAUUUUAUUACUAAUGAAUUGCUGGAUAUAAUAGUUCAUUUCACAAAUCAACAAGAAAAUGAAUUGAAAGUGUCUGGAAAAUUAGUUGACUGGCGUGAUACAGACAGAUGCGAGCUUCUUUCAUUUUUAGGCUUGCUGAUUCUGUAUGGCAUACAGAAGAGCCGGGGGAAACCUAUUGACGAAUUUUGGGACUCUGAAUAUGGCACUCCUCUAUUCUGUGCUACUAUGUCGAGGAGGCAAUAUCGGGACAUUCUGCGUUCACUUCGUUUUGACGACCGCAUCACAAGACUUGAAAGGAAAGAGAGGACUGGAAAUAAGGCUGAAGCUGUACAGGAAAUAUUUGAUUUGUUUGCCGUGCAAUGUCAAACAUCAUUUAUACCUUCCAGCAACAUUACUGUUGAUGAACAUCUUUGCGUAUACAGAGGUCGGUGCAGUUUCAAGGUCUACAUUCCUUCAAAGCCAGGAAAGUAUGGCAUCAAGAUAUGGUGCGCAGUAGACUGUGAACAUGGUUAUAUGACAAAUCUUCAAAUGUACACUGGAAGGAGUGGUGAUAUGAGAGAAUUGAAUCAAGGCAAGAGAGUGGUCUUAGAUUUAGUGCGUCAUCUGGCUGACAGUGGUAUGAAUAUUACCACUGACAAUUUUUUCACGAGCUAUGACCUUGGCCAAGAAUUGUUGAAAAUGAAGUUGACACUUGUAGGUACUCUACGUUCUACAAGAAAAGAAGUCCCAAAAGGGUUUUUGCCUUCGAAAACUAGGGAAGAAUGCACUACCAGAUUUGCAUACAGUGGUAAAACCCUAUUAGUUUCGUAUGUUCCAAAAAGAAAUAAGGCUGUGCUACUCCUGUCAACACAACAUCAAUCAUUUGAAGUGCCCAAAGAAAACAACUUGAAACGAAAACCAGAAGUAGUGUUGUAUUACAACUCAACAAAAUCAGGUGUUGAUACGCUAGAUCAAAUGAGCUCUUACUAUUCUGUGAAAAAGGGUACAAAACAUUGGCCAUUAGCAGUAUUUUAUGAUCUUGUCGAUCUAGCUGCACUCAAUGCCUACAGACUCUUCUGUGUUGCUGUUGAAAAAACAGAGAGACGUCUUUUUCUAAUGAAGUUGGCCAAAGAAAUGGCAAAGCCCCAAGUGGAACGUCGUUUGAGUUUACCACAAGCAAGGAACAAGGAUAUUAUUAGCAGUAUCAAACAGUGUGGAUUUGAUGAUCUGUUAGACAAUGGACAUCCAGACGUCAUACCCGACAAUCAGAAGAGAAAGCGAGGCAGAUGCUCCAUUUGCCCCCCGAUCAAAGGACAGAAAUUACAGUUCAACAUGCAAAAAGUGUAA